AGUUUGAGGCAUUUGGAGAUUAGUGCUGGUUUUACGGCUGUAGCUCAAGCUUUUCUGCUCCGCUUUCUCCACUUUCCUGUAGUAUUGUGGUGAAAGUCAUGGCUGCAAAGCGCGCUUUAGUGAUUUUGUCCAAGGGGGCGGAGGAGAUGGAGACAGUGAUACCGGUGGACGUCAUGCGUCGAGCCGGGAUUGCUGUGACUUUAGCAGGACUGACAGGGAAGGAGCCUGUUCAGUGCAGCCGUGACGUCCUCAUCUGUCCAGAUACAAGCCUGGAGGAAGCUUCGAAACAGGGCCCAUAUGAUGUGGUUCUGUUACCUGGAGGACUGCUGGGAGCGCAGAACCUGUCCGAGUCUCCUGCUGUGAAGGAGGUGCUGAAGGAGCAGGAGGGCAGGAAGGGGCUGAUCGCUGCCAUCUGCGCAGGUCCCACAGCACUUUUGGCUCAUGGAAUUGGUUUCGGCAGCAAGGUCACGACCCACCCGGGUGCCAAAGACAAGAUGAUGGUUGGAGAUCACUACACGUAUUCAGAGGCCCGUGUUCAGAAGGACGGACACCUGAUCACAAGCCGAGGUCCAGGCACCAGCUUCGAGUUCGCCCUGACCAUCGUGGAGGAGCUGCUGGGCGCUGAGGUGGCAGCGCAGGUCAAAGCGCCGCUCAUCCUGAAAGAUUAAUGCUCAUUAAUUCAUCUGUACGGCACAAGAUUAUUGUGUUCUCUUACUGAACAAUAAAAGCACCUUAUUUUGAGAAAGCAGACUCGUUAUCAUCACAUGCAGUGGCAUGAUUAAGCACCUUAUGUCUUGUUUCUAUGGCAACAUUAAAACUAAAUCAUAA